GCUGAGGGAUAUUCCUGACAAUAAUCGGUGUCAGAGGGGUCGUUGUGAACAACAUGUGAUGGCUGUAUUUCUAUACAAACUUCCUCUACGUAUGACAUCAUCUCGACACUCUCACAGAUUAAGCACAGUUCUCAAUCAUAUCAUAAAGAUGGACGACAGAUCACAGAGCACAGCUGGAAUCAUUGUCAUUGGUGAUGAGAUUCUGAAAGGGCAAACAGCUGACACCAACUCACACUUCAUCUGCAAGCAUCUCUUCAGCCUCGGGGUCACAGUGAAAAGGAUCUCUGUGAUUGGCGAUGACAAAGAUACCAUUGCUGAGGAGGUUGCUAAUUUCUCCAGUGCCUAUACCCACGUCAUCACAUCGGGGGGGAUCGGCCCAACACAUGAUGACAAGACACUGGAAAGUGUGGCGAAGGCAUUCAGUGAGGAGACCUACCCACACCCGCAGUUGGUGGAGCUGAUAAAGGGAUACUUCGGAACUGAUGACCUCACUUCUCCCAAGAUGAAGAUGGCAUUUAUCCCCAAGUCUGCUACCUUGAAGUAUGGAGUCAACAAAAACACUGGCAAGAAGGCCUUGUACCCCCUGGUAUCGGUGAAGAACGUACAUAUGUUCCCUGGUGUCCCGGCUCAACUGGAGAGGGCCUUUAAUAUGUUGGAGAAAGAGUUGUUCAUGAACCCUGGGGUAGAGUUCCACACCCAGGAUGUCUAUGUCAACCAGGAUGAGAUGUCAGUUGCCACAGUCCUCAACCAGGUGGACGAGAAAUUUCGGAAACACGUCUUGCUGGGGUCGUACCCUGUGGCACACAACAGUUACUACAAAGUGAGGCUGACGCUGGAGUCUCUAGAUGCAGACAAACUCAGACAGGCCUGUGACUAUCUGAAGGAGAGCCUGCCACAAGACAGCGUGGUGAUGUAUGAGAAUGACCCAGUGUCUGCCGCGGUGAAGCAGUUGUACACGCUGGUGGAGUCGACUGAAGACACUGUGUACGCCAACAACGUCCGACAUGCCGUCAAGGUCAUUGAAGAAGGUCUGCAGAAAUACCCCCUAGAGGAGAUCUGUGUUGGUUUCAAUGGAGGGAAGGACUGCACAGCUCUGCUCCACCUGUGUCAUGCUGUUGUCAAGAAAAUGUACCCUGAUUCCACAACCAAACUGAAUGCCCUGUACAUCCGAAGUAAGCUUCCAUUCCCUGAAGUAGAAGAGUUUAUACAGGUGUCUAGAGACAGAUAUAAUUUAGAAAUGCUAAGAUUUGAUGGUAGAAUAAAAAAUUGUAUGAGUGAACUUCAAGAGCAGCAUCCCAGGGUCAAGGCCGUCAUCAUGGGAACAAGACGUACAGAUCCAUAUUCGGAUCACCUCGAGUCUUUCUCCAUGACGGACGCUGACUGGCCACAGUUCAUGAGAGUUAACCCGCUGUUAGAGUGGCAGUACAGUGAUGUGUGGACAUUCCUGCGCUCCUUCUGUCUGCCAUACUGUAGUCUGUAUGACCGGGGGUACACGUCCCUGGGAAGUAUGAACAACACACACCCCAACCCCCGUCUGCAGUACCGUGAUGACAAGGGUGUGGUCUACUACCGGGCUGCUUAUGAACUGGACCAGCAGGAGAAGGAACGAGAUGGACGCAACUAACGGCAACCUACAUAGGAGAUGGACGCAACUAACGGCAACCUAUAUCGGAGAUGGACCCAACUAAUGGCAACCUACAUAGGAGAUGGGUGCACCUAACAGCAACCUACAUAGGAGAUGGAGGCAACUAAUGGCAACCUACAUAGGAGAUGGAGGCAACUAACGGCAACCUACAUAGGAGAUGGACGCAAUUAACUCCAACCAGCAUCGGAGAGAGAUGCAGUUGACACAACUUGCAUUAGAGAGUGACAUAAUCAGUGCAACCUGCACAGAAGAGAUAGACACUACCUCACGGCAACCUUCAUCGAAAAACCUAACAUCAACCUAAAUCCGAGAAGGAUGCUAUUAACAGCAACCUAAAUCCAAGAGGGAUGCAAUUAACGGCAACCUACAUCCCAGAGGGGUGCAAUGAAUAGCAACCCACAAAGGAGAGUGAUGCAAUUAACGGCAACCACCACUGGAGAUGGACACAAACUAAUGGCAACCUACAUCCAGGAAGAAUGCAAUUAAUGGCAACCUAUCAACCUAGAAACUAUCAGUGCUUGCCUUUACGACAGCUCUGAUCCUUUAGAUCCUUUUUGUGAAUAUGAAAUAUGGCGUUCUUCAAUGUCAGUGUUUGUUCCUCCAGAUCCUUACAGCAAGCUGACACGUGGGCGUUCUGCAACGUUGGUUCCUCCAGAUCCUUACAGCAAGCUGACAUGUGGCGUUCUGCAAUGUUGGUUCCUCCAGAUCCUUACAGCAAGCUGACAUGUGGCGUUCUGCAAUGUUGGUUCCUCCAGAUCCUUACGGCAAGCUGACACGUGGGCGUUCUGCAACGUUGGUUCCUCCAGAUCCUUACGGCAAGCUGACAUGUGGCGUUCUGCAACGUUGGUUCCUCCAGAUCCUUACAGCAAGCUGACACGUGGGCGUUCUGCAACGUUGGUUCCUCCAGAUCCUUACAGCAAGCUGACAUGUGGCGUUCUGCAAUGUUGGUUCCUCCAGAUCCUUACAGCAAGCUGACAUGUGGCGUUCUGCAAUGUUGGUUCCUCCAGAUCCUUACGGCAAGCUGACACGUAGGCGUUCUGCAACGUUGGUUCCUCCAGAUCCUUACGGCAAGCUGACACGUGGUC